CUCUCUGAAGCCGCCAUGGCUGGCGCCGCCCUCAUCCGGGACCUUCGACCUCCUGAAGUCCCGACCCGGAAGAGGAAACAGCCCUGCAAAGGAACUCCCCCCAGGCGCGGGAGGGUUUAUAUCACCGUCGCCAUGCAGAGAGAAGAGAAGCAGCUAGAGUUGUCCCUAGAAGCUCUCAUCAGUCAAGUAGCUGACCUGAAAAAUUCCUUAGUCAAUUUCAUUUACAAGUUGGAGAAUGAAUAUGACCGUCUUACCUGGCCUUCAGUACUAGACAACUUUGCUCUACUUUCUGGGCAACUAAACACCCUGAAUAAAGUGCUGAAGCAUGAGAAGACGCCACUGCUGCGCAAUCAGGUCAUAAUUCCUUUAGUGCUUUCCCCAGACCGUGAUGAGGAGCUCAUGCGUCAGACAGAGGGGCGAGUGCCAGUGUUCAGCCAUGAGGUUGUACCUGAUCAUCUGCGAACCAAACCUGAUCCUGAGGUGGAGGAACAAGAGAAGCAACUGAGCACAGAUGCAGCUCGUAUUGGUGCCGAUGUGGCACAGAAACAAAUCCAGAGCCUAAACAAAAUGUGUUGUAACUUAUUGGAGAAAAUCAACAAGGAAGACCGAGAGUCUGAGAGUGGAGGAAUACGGCAGAACAAGCAGACAUUCAACCCUGCUGAUACCAAUGCCCUGGUUGCAGCUGUAGCCUUUGGGAAGGGGCUCUCAAAUAGGCGGCCUCCAGGUGUUACUGGGCCUGUCCAAUCUGGUCAGCCAGGUGCCAAUAGUAUUAUAGCAGGUAGUUCUGCCAUGCAGCAGGUACAAAUGCCUGGAGCACAAGGCCAGACUCAACCCAUGCUUGGAGGAGUACAGAUGCCCCAAGGGGGGCAACCAGGAAAGAUGCCCAGCGGCAUAAAAACCAACAUCAAAUCUGCUUCAAUGCAUCCCUAUCAAAGAUGAGUAGGAAAUAUUCUGGCCUAUUGCUGAACUUGCUUUCAGGGAAACUUCUUCAUUGCCGACAGUAAGAUUCCUUGUACCCUCUGUGACCUCAGAGACAUAAUUUAUUUAAAUGGUUGUAUUGACCAUCCAGGACAAAAAAGUAUACACAAUAUUCUUCAUAGAGAGUGGCAGAGGAAGAGCACUUCUUCACAGCUCAUAUUUUGAGACAAGCACAUCAGCAAAGUAACAAAGUGAUGAGUGUUAAGCAAGAUCUUUACUCAUUCCCCUUUAUGUAUAUAAGCAAGCUGAUCGUUCUGACAAGGUAAUUUUGUUUGGAAUUUGCAUUAAACAUUGAAGAAAAAGAAUAUGUACAAUGUUUACUCCUGUGGGUUGUUUUUUCAAAAGUAAAAAUAAUGUGCUUUGCCUUAUAAGAUCCUUGUGUUUCUAGAUUAAUCAUUGAAAGUUAUUAGACUGUCUGCCUGACUUUUUUUAUAGAUUGAAUGUUUUGCCACUGAAACAGGCUAUUAAAUGAUUGUAUAUGA